UCCUUUCUGUUCUGUCUUGUUUGACGAUUUUCUUUCGUUUUUCUGAAUAGAAAAUAUUCGAAUACGAUGGAGUUUUCUCGAAAUCUGCAAUUUAGUAUAUAUAGCGCUGAGGUUCGCCGAAUGGGCAUAGUUUCUUGGUUAAAGCGAUCAUUGAAGCGACAUUGUCAGUGUGAUAAAAUCUCCUAAGUUUUUCUCAAUUUCAACUCGAAGUGAGUCAAUUUGUGCGUUCAAGUGCUAAUUUAUCGUGUUUUGUGCUCUGCUACCUUAGUUCGUGAUUGUCGUUGAGUGAUUUAUUAGUGAAAACGAUCUGAAAGAUGUCUUUGGUUCCUUACUUGGUUCGUGAUCUUUUGAACGAUCCGAUCUCUGACGGAUACUACAGCCCUAUCGGUCGAUUGUACGAUCAACAUUUUGGCGGAGGGCUAUUUAAUGAUGAUUUGUUCAUCAAUCGUCCAGCUCUGUAUAACUACUUGAACCAGGUACCCAGAUUGAGAUUCGAAGAUUCUGGUGCUACUGUGUCUGACGAUAAGAAUCAGUUCAAGGUCAAUCUAGAUGUGCAACAAUUUAAACCGAACGAAGUGAACGUUAAAGUAGUCGACGAUUAUUUGGUCGUGGAUGGUAAACACGAGGAAAAACGAGACAAACACGGUUUCAUCUCCCGUCAGUUCACUCGUCGUUACAAAUUGCCGGAAGAUGUGAUCCCGGAUAAUAUUUCCAGUAGCAUUUCGUCCGAUGGAAUUCUAUCUAUUUCUGCUCCGAAGAAAUCUAAAGCCAUUGAUGGUGGUAACGAGCGUCAAAUUCCUAUUGUUCAGACAAACACCCCUGCGUUGAAACAACAACAAGAGAAUGCCGAAGCGAAGUAGAAAUUUUGUGGGCAUAAUUCGUGAAGUUCGAUGUUUGGAGCUGAUCGUUUGUUAUUGUAUACUAAUGUAAAUUAACGUAGUUCUUAAUCGGUCCUUGACUAGCAUUUAUUCUGAUUAUAGUUGAUAGAUUGUACUUAUGGGCAAUUUAUGACUUUAUGUAACGUAAGACUGAUUUUUGUAUUGUCCAUAGUCGUGUUUAUUGGAUAUUAUCAGGUUAUUUCAUUAAAUAAAUUACACACUUAAUCGA